ACGUUUCCGCUUUAGAAGCCGGACUCCAGCAGAUACUCUCUGCAAAGGAGGUAGCUGUCAAAAUUGUGAAAAAUAAAAAUGCGAAGAUUUGCAAGCGUUUUUGUCAAAUUAUUGCGAUGUCAUCCGAAUUUAAGUAGUAGAAAUGUAACAUAUAUGCAUCCAAAAUGCUUGAUUGAGUGUAGAAGAUUUAUGAAAAUUUACACAAAAACUGGGGAUAAAGGUUCCUCAGCAACGUUUACCGGGGAACGACGGAGGAAAGAUGACAUUGUUUUUGAAGCUUUAGGAAGCACAGAUGAACUUACAUCAGCUAUAGGGUUAGCAAGAGAGUAUUGUAAAGAAGCAGGGCAUCCUUUUAUAGACAGAUUGGAAGAGAUACAAUGUGUACUACAAGAUGUUAGCUCAAAUAUUGCUACUCCAAAAUCAUCAGCCAGGGAAAAACAUAGUAAUUUAACAGCUUUUAGUGAGAAUUAUGUACCAACAUUAGAAUCAUGGAUAGAUGAGUAUACUGAGGAUUUACCUCCCCUGAAAAACUUUAUAUUACCAUCUGGCGGGAAGUGUGCAGCAUCCCUUCAUGUAGCCAGAUCUAUCUGUAGAAGAGCUGAGAGAAGGGUAACAACAGUAGUCAGGGCCAGGGAAAUGGAUACUGAACCAUUGAAAUACUUAAACAGACUAAGUGAUUUAUUGUUUACAAUGGCGAGAUUAGCAGCUCAUUUAGAAGGUGAAGAAGAGAAAAUAUACAGAAGAAUCUAUACAGAACCAAACACAUAAAAAAUAAUAUUUUAAUGACACUACUAGUGUUAAAGUGUGGUUUAUCUCAUGUUAUACUUUUAUUGUUGUUGUUUAUAUAGAAUAUGAAAAAAUUAUGUUACUUGAGAUAUUUACAUUGUAGACAUGUUUGAAUGUAGAAGAUAUUCAAUACCUACUUUUUUGAUUAACAUGUGCUGAAGUUAAAAUAAAAUUCAGUUAUAUACU